UUCUGUUCUCCCUGUGAGACCCAGUUCUGUUCUCCCUGUGAGACCCAGUUCUGUUCUCCCUGUAAGACCCAGUUCUGUUCUCCCUGUGAGACCCAGUUCUGUUCUCCCUGUGAGACCCAGUUCUGUUCUCCCUGUGAGACCCAGUUCUGUUCUCCCUGUGUGACUUCUGUUCUCCUGUGUGACCCAGUUCUGUUCUCCCUGUGUGACCCAGUUCUGUUCUCCCUGUGUGACCCAGUUCUGUUCUCCCUGUGUGACCCAGUUCUGUUCUCCCUGUGUGACCCAGUUCUGUUCUCCCUACAGGUGAAGGACCAGACUAAGACGGUGGCCCAGCUGAAACAUAAGGAGCAGGUGGAGAAGAGUAAGAACGCCCAGCUGGUGCAGGAGGUCAGGAAGAGAGACGACAACCUCAAUGAGAGCUCUCAACACGUCAAGGACUCCCUGCGCCAGAAGGAGGAGCGUAUAGAGGAGCUGGAGGAGGCUCUGAGAGAGAGUGUCCAGAUCACAGCAGAGAGAGAGAUGGUUCUGGCUCAGGAGGAAGCUGCUCGCACACACACUGAGAAACAGAUGGAGGAGCUGCUUGCGGCCAUGGGGAAGGUGAAACUGGAGCUGGAGUCCAUGCAGGCCAAGCUGUCCUCUACCCAGCAGUCAUUGGCUGAGAAGGAGGCCCACCUGACCACACUGAGGGCAGAACGCAGGAAACACCUGGAGGAGGUGCUGGAGAUGAAGUAAGAGA